CGCCCGCGCCGCUCCCCGAGUCACCCGCCGCCCCUUCGCGUCCGGGAGCUCCAGCCGCGGGGCCCCGGAGGCUCCCGGUCCCUGGCCUCCCCUGCUGGGUUCGGGGUGGUUGGCCGUGGACUCGCCCCGACAACAGUCCCUUCCGUCCAGCCGCCCGCCCCAGGAUGUCCCCCCACCGCAGCCCCGCCGUGGCCAGGAGGUUUGGGCGGCCACGCCGGAGAGACCCACGGCGGCGCCGGACGCCCGCCCUUCCUAGGCCCUGGCCCGGCCGGGGUGGGCCGGGACGUUCCCUGUUGCACAGGCAUUUAUUUAUUCAGCAGCUACUACGUGCUGGCCGGCACUGCCGAGGGACCGGACGCCUGCCCCAGGCGGGACAAUGCCGGGUGCAGCGCUGGCGGGGCCUGGACCCCAAGCUUCAGGGUCCCCAGCCCCUCAGUCAGAGGGGGCGCCUCCCAGGCCCUGGACUCUUCUCCAGCCGGGUCUACACCACCGUCCCCCGUCAUCUUCUUCUGGGUUAUUGAGCAGCUUCUUUUAAAAUAGCAACACCGAGGAAGGCCCCGAAGCCCAGUCUUGCACCUCGUGGUGUGAAGUCGUUUAAUCCUGCCCGCUAAUGCGUAAGGACUUUCCACCGUGUGCAGGACUCGGCGCUGGGCAGGGGCUCUCGCAGGGUUUGAACCGACC